AUGUCGACGACGCACAUCUCCUUGGAACCACCAGCCAUCACAGCUCAGGAUGGCUUGGACGACGAUCUCUUCGUCCCAGCCGCCAGGUUGUACGAGGUAACGCAUGACGGGCAACAGGUCUUGACGAGGCAAGUGGGGUAUUGAGCUUGAUCAGGACCGCGCAUUGUGCUGAUCAGGGUUGUGUGUUGGGGCAUUCGAUAGAGAGGAUCCGAAUAAGCCCCCAACGGAACGGUUGUUGAGGAUAUGGCAGGAACGAGGGGACUUUUCACAGUUGACGACUCGGAGGAUGAGGGACGAACAGGGCAAGGAUCUCACCAAGUCGUCGACAGAUGAACACAGUGGAGAGCAAGACGAGGACAAGGACGACGUGCACGAGUUGGGCAUCACACCGGAACAGAUGAGCGAACUACGGAUGACGAUGAUGCAGCAGUUGGAGUAGGUCAUUGCCCGCUAUCGCUGAGUCUUUGCAGGGCCAGUCCACUGAUGGACCCCCGUUCUCUCACUUCUCUCACAGUCUCGCUCGGGGUGAACUGACUACAGCUUUGGACUUACUGUCCAUCAUCGCUGCACCUACCGUAGCCACGACCGUUGAUGCCGAAGGUCUACCCCUACCUCAACAAACGCUCACCAUCGUUCCUUCCGCGCCGCCCAUUCCUUUACCCUCCUCCGAGAACGACGAUUCGGCGAACGAGCAUACCGGUGCUUCAACGUCCCUCCUUCCAUUGGCAACUUCCGUCGCAUCAUUACGAGAGUCAGCCAACUCGUUCUUCUCCGUUUCGAGCCAAGUCCUCGCUUCCACCUCCAACUCCACUACGUCCACUUCGACCUCCUCAUCGCGCAACCCCACCUCGAAACAAUGGUCAACCCUCUUACACCUCCACACCUCCACACCCUUCCCUCUCAUCCCCUUGGGGGCCCGAUCCAAUGCUUCCUUCUCGGGUCAAGGUGAAACCCGUCUGGCCAAACAAGUUGGGGUGUUCUAUGGAUGUGCCGAGGCGGCUCCGUCGUUCAGGAGGGCUGGCGUCGCUCAGGUUGAGCAGGUUUUGCAAGAGGUUGAGAAAGGGAGCGAAGGGACGGGGAAAGGAGUGGGGAGGAAGAGGGGGAGAAAGUUGGUCGUUGAAGUGGAGAUGGAGGGGAGGGGUAGAGAUUGGUGCGUAUGGACGUCUGGAGCUGCGGAGAAGGAGGGGAAGGAGCAGGGCGUCGAGGACGUGCUGAAACAACGAGGGCGGAACGUAUUCGCGGAGGAGUUGUUUGCUGUCGUACGUACUAGUUUUGGCUUCGCGGUGUUUUUUGAAUUCGGAGACUGGGGAAGCUGAUCCCAGUUUCGUCUCUGACAGCUAUCGAACGAGGCUAGGUCGGAUGCGAGCGUCAAGUCGCGACUUGAAUUGGGCAAGCGAUCCCAGGGCGACUCGGUCAUCACAGAGGGACAUGGUUGGAAGCUAAAAAUCACAAUGGUUAGUGACACAUGUUGCACAACAUGAAGCCCGUGUUCAUGUUGCUGAUGCGAGCGACCGAACACAUGCAGGUUGCCGAUCCGAAUCCCAAACUCGAGGCACCUACACCAGAACCAAAUGCGAUCGCGCCGCUUUUGGUGCCCCUUCUGCGACUCUUACUCAUACAAGAAUACAUCAGACGGAGAUCUCCCACCUCGUUCUCGGCUUCGAUCCCCAUCCUUCCGACCGUGUCCGCCUUCCUGUCCCACCUCUAUCGGCUCAACUCCCUCUGCGGAGUCUUGACGACCCUCACAUCAACCAUCGAUCCUUCGAUCGCUACGUCGAUAACUUAUCACCCUUCAUUGGCAUCAGCACCUCUUUCAGCGGUCCGCAAAAUCCUCUCCCCUCUUACAACCUCAACCGAACUCAAAGAACUAGGCGGUCGGAUAGUCCUUCGCAUCGGAUCUUCACCUACCUCCCUAUUCUACAUCUCUCACUCAACUCUACUCCCCCAACCUUCCUCGACUUCACCGACUAACCCAAGUACCAAUCCUAGUCCAUCGAUGGGCAUGUCGGCGUUCACUUUGGCUUCGCAUCAGGGUUUGGUAUUGCAGGCGCCGAGGAGUGCUCCGGUCGUGGUUGGGUCGGUGGGACAGUUAAAGGGAUUCCUGCAAGAGCAGAUAGGGGAGGUGCUGAAGGGGUAUGCGGGCAGGGAGGAGGUGGAGGAGGUGAAUGGAAAGGAAAAGGAGGGUAUGGAAACUUGA